CAAACUUUUUUUCUCGCUAUAAAUAAAGUCAACGCCAGGAUCUCUCAAAGAAAAGUGUAAUUUCAUCAACCCAAAGCUAUGGCUGGAGUCCUUAACACCUCCAAGCUCCCUGGUUUUUCAUCACUUACCUUCCGUAAACAGUUAAAAUCACCACCUUCCACUUCUGUUUCAGCUUCCUCGGAAACCUCAGAUUCCCAGCACAAUACUGCCUCUAUCAGCGGUACCAAGGAAGUUCAGAAUUCAAGCUUUGCUUCUUUUUCUUCUUCUUCAACGGCUGCAUCCUUUGCUCUUCCUCCGAAUUUCAAGCAACCGGAGCCAAAGAGGCUUGGCAUCAGACCAGAUAAGUUUUGGGAUAUCAUUGGAGCUUGCCUUGCCUUGUUCUUUCGGUUGGGAACCGGUAUUUUUGUCUCUGGCUAUUCCGCGUCUCUUGUUUCCAAGGAUGAGAUCCCACCUGACCAGUAUAGUUUAGACAUAGGAGGUUAUAAGCUGAAAGAGACAUCGAAGAUUGGCCCUCGUCCAGAAAAGCCGAUUGAGAUAUAUGAGUUUGAAAGUUGUCCAUUCUGUCGGAAGGUUAGGGAAAUUGUUUCAAUUUUGGAUCUCGAUGUUCUGUUUUAUCCGUGCCCCAAAAAUGGUCCAACUUUUCGUCCCAAGGUUACUGAAAUGGGUGGAAAGCAGCAGUUCCCAUACAUGGUGGAUCCAAAUACGGGAGUGGCUAUGUAUGAAUCAGAUGAAAUCAUAAAGUAUCUGGUUCGAAAUUAUGGUGAUGGAAGAGUUCCUUUCAUGCUGUCGCUCGGUCCGCUGACGACACUGAGUGAAGCCUUUGCCAUGAUUGCUCGCUUUGGAAAGGGAACUUACUACACUCCAUCAAAGUUACCUCCCAAGCCACUUGAGAUAUGGGCAUUUGAGGGAUCCCCAUUCUGUAAGAUUGCUCGAGAAGUGCUGGUCGAACUCGAGUUACCACACAUUCAGCGCAGUUGUCCUCGGGGCAGCCCGAAACGGAAUAUCCUGUAUGAGAAAGCCGGACAUUUUCAGGUACCUUACCUAGAAGAUCCAAACACGGGGGUGCAAAUGUUUGAAAGUGCAGAAAUAGCAGAUUACUUGAGAGCUACAUAUGCUCAAUGCUAAUGGAAACCUCUUCCCAAUUCAUGUUAUCCAUCAUGUCGUGUUGUUAUCGGUGCCCGGCACCGUAUCCGGAGCAUUUACAGACAUGGGUAUCAGUGUCAAAAACUCAUAUACAAGACAUAUAGUGUUGAUGCCUAAAAUUUCACCCUUUUUUCCCCUUGGUAAUUACUGUAUCUUUCUGUUUAUUUUCUAUGUUGUUUGCUAUGAAAACUAUGAUGUAUGGGAA